AUGAAGAGAAAAAAACGAAAAAUAGAAUACCCGCUUCUCCUGCCUUCAGCCACUGUGCGUCUGUGCCCCACCUGGAUCCCUCCACCGCCGUCACACGGACACGCCUGCACCACCCAUCCGAAUCCCGCAUCUCUUCCUUCUCUUUCAGCGUGCCACCGCCCGACGUCGUCACUGCGCAAGAAGCAUCUCGCCGUCCUGUUGCUUUCUGCGACUGCGCGAGCGAUGGCCGUCGCCCAGGCCGCAGCGGUCGUCACGCCGGUGGUGGCCGGGGCGGCGCCAUCCAUCUCUCCGCGGCCGUCGUCCCGGGGACCGGCCGGAGCCGGAGGCGGGCUGGGGUGGCGCCGCCGGCCGAGGGGGAGCGCCCGCCGCGGCCUGGUCAUCGCGGACGCGUUCGGCGGACAGUACGAAGACGGGUUCGGGGACGUGGAAUUGGAAAUCAUGAAUUACUUCACUUACAAGGCCACACAGACGGUUCUCUAUCAGUUGUAUGAGAUGAAUCCGCCGGCAUACACUUGGCUUUAUAAUUAUCUUGUCGUCAAUGACGCAAAAGAGGGUAUACAUUUCCUGCGAGCACUCUCGAAGGAGAGGCAAGACCUGGCAGAGAGGGUGAUGGUCACGCGCCUUCACUUAUACGGCAGAUGGAUCAAGAAAUGCGACCAUACGAAAAUGUAUGAGAGGAUUUCGCAUGAGAACUUGGAGCUCAUGCGUGAGAGGCUAAUGGAAACAGUGGUGUGGCCAACUGAUGACACGAACUCCAGCGACAAGCAAGAUUGA